AUGAAGCGGCCGUCGCUUCAGCUCUUGCUCGCGGGCCGGCACUGUGCGACUUGCCAGGUGCAUCUCUACCAGGCGCCGUUUUCAACCUCACUCUGCUACAAAGAUGGAGAGGAGCUUUUCAGAGUACCCGCUGGAUGGGCGGCCCUUCGGACCAAAGGCGGCUUGCUGAUGUGGCUUGAGCUCGGUGAGGAUUCUCUCCUGAGUGAAGCCAUUCGCGCUCAGGCAACCAAGGCUCCACGCCCUUCACGCCCCGGUUCAUCCUCACCGGGGUCACCACCAACGAAGGACGGCGAUGGUCGAAGACGGACCGCGUCGACUCGCUUGGUACCCUUCGCCCUGACCCUGCAGCUUUUAGCGUCGAAUGGUGGCCGCCAGGUCUCUGCCCGUUCACGCGGCUGCUGCAGUAUCGACUCGGCCAUUCGACUUCCGUUGGAGGACAUGCUUGUGCUCCAUCCCACUGGUGGUGAGGGCACCGGCAUCCGCGCCUCCCUCACCGUGGCGACGGAAGGACCUGGUCGAGGAGGCGUGGAUGGAGCAUUCAAGGCAUGGCUGAGUUUCUUGGCCACGUCCGGUGGCUACGACUUCAGCGCCUAG